UCUGAGCCACAUUGUGAAUAGAAAAUAUGUUCCUCCCUGCCAUAAAAGUGCCUUGUUGCUACGUUAGGGCUUUAAUACACCAUUCGAAUACCCAAGCAAAGGUGAUUCGGACUGUUUAUUCACAAUGUCUACAAUAUUUGUAGUAGACCUUAUUUCAUUUCCAUGUUCGAACUACACUGACAGCCUUGAAAAACAGAUAGAUGGCGUUCGGACCGCUUUAACUGAAGAAACAGACGGUACAAUCUACAUUUUGACGGGACCACACUAUGAGCGAGUCAACGGUCCAAAUGGCACCAAACAUGCAACACUGCUGGAUACAGUGUCCUACGGAAACAGAAAUGUUGAAGUCUUGAACUUUAGUACCGUUGCUGAAUGCCUCUACCGUUUCAAACUUGCCGUGGACGAGUUGGAAUUCAAGUCGAUUAAGGUAAUCACAUCAGAACCUGGUGUAGCGUUGUUGCAAUUAUAUCAGGAGCAACUUUUCACUGCAUUAUACACUUUCGAGUAUGUUGCUGUCGGCGACCUCACUGACGUGCCAACAGUGACACCUUUGAGUGAUGUCAAGCAAGAGGUGUCGAGCUUUCUACAGCAACUACCUGCAGUGAAAGGAGAUGUUACCAUCCUGAGGUCCACUUUGAUUGCAGACUGUUUCUCCCAUGGGUUCAGCACUCGUCAAGGUGGCAUCUCCACCAUCGACACCCUGUCUUCUUUGAACCUGUUCAGUAGCUCCAGGAGACGCGACCCCCAAGGAGUCGUGUCCGAGAAUGUCCGCAGACUGGCGGUCACUGCUGGGUUUUACCCACGGCGUCUCCACAUGGUCAAGGUGAACCACGGCAAUGAUGUGUGGGUGAUGGGCAAGAAUGAGCCCGAGAGCUAUGACGGGAUUGUGACCAAUCAGAGGGGCGUUGUCAUAGCAGCUCCAGGGGCGGACUGCAUGCCCCUCCUCUUCGUUGACCCAGUAUUAAAGGUGAUCGGGGCAGCUCAUGCAGGCUGGAAGGGUACCCUGAUGGGAGUUGCCAUGGCAACAGUAAAUGCCAUGGUGGAGGGGUUUGGCAGUAAUGUGCGUGACGUCCGUGCGGUGAUUGGACCGUCGGUGGGGCUGUGUUGUUUUAGCUGGAAGAAGGAGCAGGCCCUGGAGUUCCUAGACAUCCAGCCCUCCUGUGUCCUCAACCCGGACGCCGACAAACCUCAUAUCAACAUCCAAUUGGCUACCAGAUUACUCCUCCAGAAAGGCGGAGUUCUCCCGGAGCAUAUCCAUGACAACACAGUGACGGACAGGCCAAGUGUGACGCUCUGCACCGCAUGCCACCCUGAGUCCUUCUUCUCCCACGUGAGAGACGGGCUCAACUUCGGCACCCAGAUCGGCUUCCUGUGGAUCAAGGAGACAGAAAGGACUGGGAGAGACAGGGACUAACAGACAUCUGCUCAAAUUCCUACAUUAUUGAUGGGACGAUGGGUAGACAGACAGCAUGACAGACAAAGACUGACUGACAGACAGGUGGACAUGCAGGAAACCAGACAGACACAGGGACUAACUGAGCCACGUCCGCUGUGAAGUCAUUUCAAAACAAGGGCUGUGAAUGAACCCAACGGCUUCUCAGAUCGUAUCUAUACCUCUUUAUCUAGAAGAUCUUAUUGUUGACCAUAACUUUUGCAUAUUAUUGAGCAGUGAAAAUGAAACUCGGAAUUGUUGAAAUGAUACAUGUGAAAUCCUUUGUAACUGUAGUUUAUAUCUUCAGCACAAUUCUCCUGUUCUACAACAAUGCUCCAUUAAACCAUGUGCUUAACGAGACUUAACUGCAUUGUGUAAGUUCCAGCUGAACACAUUUUAUUUAAUGGGAUCAAUUAAGACCAACAGCUGUUCUUAAUGUGUGUUUAAUAACCUUGCACACAGGCAGGGGACUAAAGGGAGCUGGGGAGGUAUAGAUAACAGUAUUGAUACUGUGGGUUGUGCAAUAGCAAUAAGGGCCACUAUGUGGCAGUGUUAGCUGUGUGUUGAGUCAGGAGGGGCUGUUUUGCUUUUGAAUGAGACACUUUGGGAUGUUCUUGAUAUGUCAAUAAUUUUUUACGAGUCAACACUUAAGGAGGCUAUUUAUGUAUUGUUGGUCACAAAAGGCCAGAAUGAUGUCAGUUUUUUGUUAUACAGUAACUUUAUCCCUCAAGAGAAGUGGUAGAACAGGCUUGUUUUUGACAGACAUAUUUGUCUGCAAAUGCCAACUGAUGGUUUAAAAGGCUCAGAGACAAGACUGUUCUGAGAAUUUACGGUUCCGGGAAAAGGUGUUCCUUUAAUAAUGAAACCCAGGUGUAUUACCUUGUUUCAUUACGCUUGCCCGACCUUUUCCUGGAAGAGCGCAAUCCUUGGACGGGAGUUUAUUCUGUGUG